AGAUCAAACGAGAGCAAAGCCUAUCCACUGAUUUUAGGAGAUACUGUUUUUGACAUCUAUUGCAACAUGACCGUGGUCCCUACUGAAAAUGACACAUGCGGAGUUGGUGGAUGGACGCUGGUUAUGAAGAUUGAUGGAAAAAAUGUAUACGCACUUCCAAUAUUGCUCGUUUCUUUUUUAAAUCAAGAAACUGACUAUUAAUUAUUGUUUUGGUGAUGAUGAUGAUUAAUUUCAUACAUAAGAUCUGAAAGGACGUACGGGUUUAAAGGGUCGCAAUGUAGAACCGCGAUUUAACCGCGACCCAACCGCGAUUUAACUUAUCCAUUGUUGUAACUGUGACCUUGAAGUCAUUUAAGGCCACAAUGCCAUUAGACACCUUUCUGUUUCAAUUUUUAUCAUACAAAACCAUUGAUUCUCGUGGAUAACGAAACUCGUUAUAAAAAAACUUUAUAACAUGCACUUCCCUCCGGAACUGAUUUCAGCGUUACAAAACGUGUGGAUGUGUGACGCCCUUGUCUUUGUUAGUCUUUUCUUUUGCACUGUGUGCGCUGUUGUCUGGUUCUUUAAGAAUCACAAAUUCACUUCCAAAAAUAAUGCUCGGUAAUCGAAUGUAAUAAUCCUUGAUUCCGCUGAGAGUGUAAGAGUUGUUCCUAACCGUAGCUACGAAGGAAAAAGUUAAAGAGAUUCAGAGUUUAUUGUCUCUUAAGAACUCCUAGUGUAGUCUUGUGAACUUAAAGACGCUUUUAACCAUUGUUUUAUUGCACGUUUGUGCAAUUGACGAUCAAAGGGUGAAAUCCAAAGAGUUACCAUGAUUCGGUGAAUAACUAAACAUUAUUGAACGUAUUUCUUUGUAACUGAUUUACCUCUGCUUAUUCUUUCUAUUUUUUCCUCUGAUAGGAUACAUGCUAUCAUUAAUCUUGUUUUUUUGAAGGAGGAGGUAGUAGCCUAUAAUCUUUUCUUUCUAAUUACAUUUUUUCUAUUUCUCGUUCUUUUUAUGUCAUAGCAAACGUUCCACUAUAAUGCAGACAUUUGGAGCAACAAAAAAGCCUUAAAUCUUACUGGAGGAAAGACUGGGUUUGAUUCGCAAGAGACCAAGCUUCCCUCUUACUGGAACACAUCCUUCUCUAGGAUCUGCCUCGGUAUGAAGAUCGGUGACAACCAGCCCAAGUUUAUUGUUAUCAACAAGCGGGCGAACUCCUUGUACUCUUUGAUCUCUGAUGGGAAAUACCGCAACACCUCACUGGGUCGUGAAACGUGGAAGGCAUUGAUUGGUUCUGAGGCCUCCUUGCAACGUAACUGUAAUAGGGAAGGAUUUAACGCUAAGAGUUACCAUGAACAAGACAGCAAAGCAAGAAUCGGUAUCCUUUUUAACAAUGAAAACGAAUGCGAAUCCUGUGAUUCCAGGAUCGGGUUUGGUACUGGUGGAAAUCCCGACGACUCCAACACAUGUGGAAAUGAAGCACUCUUUGAGUACAAGGCUGAUAAUGGCGACAAGCACAUUAAGGCCAUGGGGUACAUCUUGGUGCAGUGA